AUGAAACGCUUCAUUGUCCUCACGGUCUCCUGGUGGGUUUUGAUCGUUUCCUAUGUUUCUGCUCCUUGCAGGCUCGUGGGCGAGAUUGAUUACUACACCAUGGCACUGUUUGCGUGCCAACGGCUUGAAGGCCUUCCAGUUGAGCUUCCCACUUUGAGCCUGGUCUUGUGCCUUGUGCUUUGCAUAGUCUUGCUUCCCAACUCAAUGUUGCAAGUGUCGGCUUUCCGCUGGAAUGCCUUGCUGCACAGCAUCGGCGUCGCCACACUGGCCAUCUGUCUCCUUAAGCCUCUGCUAUCAAGCAGCGCAACAUUCAACACGACGUUUAUCGAAUCCAUGGAGUUCAUUGGAAUUGUCACAGGGAGGGCAGCAGCCGUCUAUUUGGCCGUCAUGCUGCUUGUGAUCUCCAGGCGCUCGGUGUUGUCAGAGUGGCACGGCCUGGAUUACACAGAGACGAUUGCAUUCCAUAGGCUGGCUGGAUGGUGGGUUCUUGUCAUGAGUCUUCUACAUUCCCUUGCUUUCGCGGCCUACUACUUGCAGAGGGGUGGAUGGCAUGAACUUUUAGAGGCAACCGUUCCGGUAGCACUCUCUUGCAAGAAUCCAGAGGAUCCACUGUGUUGGAACACACUUGGCCUGGUGAACGGUUUUGGUGUAGUUGCAACUUUUGCGGUGAGCAUUUUGGCGAUCCUCUCGCGAGAGCAAGUGCGGCGCAGUGCCUACAACCUUUUCUACUUUACGCACGUGGCACUCUCAUUUCUGUUCAUCCUUUUCUGUGGGCUCCAUGAUUUUCCCAUGGUGAUUCUCAUGUUUCCUGGCCUGGCAUUCUACAUGAAAGACCGGAUAGUGGCUUUCUUCACCCGCCAGGAACUUUCCGAGGUGACGGCAGAAGUUCUGUGCCGAACUGGCGCUUCAAACGUCAUCCUUUUGACAUGGAACACGGCGCCGGAGCUGAAGUUUAUGCCCGGCACACGUUGGGUCUAUCUUCACGAGAGGGGUGUCUCUAGACUGCAGUGGCACCCAUACUCGGUGGUCCAAAACGGGCAUCGGGCGCAGGUGCUCGUGAAGGGUGCGGGUGACUGGUCCGAGUCCCUCUGCAAACAGGUGUCCCAGGAGGCUUUGAAGCUUCGCAUCGAGGGCCCCUACGGCAAGCCCAUCGCCGAAACGCCCCGCACUUCGCCGCCACGCAACCUCCUGCUCGUUGCAGGCGGUGUGGGCAUCUCUCCCUUCAUCGACCUCCUUUGUGGGCUCCGGCUCGAGGAUGCCGGAUGGCAGAGAGUCCACCUGGUUUGGGCCGUCCGCGGCGAUGAGUUCGGCGGGAUUUCUGGGGCGAUCGACUGGCGGCGACUCUGCGAGAGGGCGGAGAUCUCCGUCUUUGUCACCUCCGGUGAGGCGGAGUCCCCCAGCGGAAUGGUUGACCACAGGAUGGGCUCCUCCGAUGUUCUAGGGUCGGCAAGUGCAAGCGAGAUGUGCAGGCACAGGGUGUUGAUUCUGUCUUUUGUAUUUAUUACGCUGGGUGCCCUAGCCGCGGACUUUCUGGUGCACAACUGGAGCAUCUGGGUCCGGCACACGGUGCACAGUCUUCUUGCCUGGGCGUCCCUCGCCCGCUGUGUGCCUCUGCUCUUGGUCUUCUUGGUCCUUCUGGCAGUCACGCUCCUGAACUUCGCGCUCCAGCGCCUCCCAAAAGGCUGCGGCCGAUCACUUUGGGGCCGCCUGGAAGCGGAGGACUCCAGCGCCAGGUGCACUGGCGCCGGAGCCGAGGGUCCAGAGCCGAAGCUUUGCAUCCAACACGCGAAGCCGGACUUGCAGCAGCUCCUGGAGCAGCAAGCGGAGCUUGGGCCAGUGGAGGUGAAGGUAUGCGGACCCCAGCGGAUGCUGGCAUCGAUCAAUGCCACGGUGCUUCAGCUCAAGAACCGAGGCCUCACUGUGGAGCUCGACAGUUUGGAGUCGAACCUAUGA